AUGGACGGCAGCGAGAUGCAAGUGCCCGUCGAAGAGGCCGGCGGAGAGCCAAAAGCCGCAUGCAAUCCCGCCAAGCUACCACGGAAACGCCUUCUUGCUGCUGACUUUAGGUGGUGGACCGACGAGUACCGCUGCGCCGUUGCCUGUAUUGCCGGGAUCGUCACCCUCUCAAUGGUUCUGUGGCAUUUCGACGGGAAGCCGGCUCCCAACAUCGGCCCCGGUCUGCAGCUCGACAUGGUUGUCAUAGCCAUCACGACACUCGUUAGGAUAGCUCUGGGCAGCAUUGUCGAGUCCUGCCUUUGCCAAGGUGCUUGGAUCUGGUUCUCAAAGUCCCACCAGGCGCGAUCACGCCGUCGCGCCAAGCUAGAGGACUUCAAGCUUUUUGAUGAAGCCUCUCGUGGCUUACUGGGAAGCCUGAGUUUGCUCUGGCGGCUCCGCGGCCUGCACCUGUCGUGUAUCGGAGCCCUCAUCAUCAUCGUCACUCAUGGCUUCGAAACCUUCUCCCAGCAGCUAUUCGUCUACGUCCAAGAACCCAUCUACGAUCUGCAAAACAGGACUGGAAGCAGACAGGCGCUCAUCUGCGACUUUGAGAUCAUGAUCGCCAACAAGAGGGCCGACGUUGCUCGUGCCACGGGAGCCCAUUGCACUCUGUGGUUCUGCCUUCAGACCUUCAACGUCACUGUUUUCGACGGGCGCCCAAGCCAAGCUCUCGUGUCUGUCUGGAACGAAACGCAGUUUGAGGCGGCCACGAGUGCUCAUUCAGACGAGCACGUCUUCGUCAACAUGCCGACACUGAUGAACCUGCCGGAGCGGUCAAGGUACAGUAUAUCGGCCAGGGCUCUCCGGGCUCUGCGGAGCUUUAUGGACUCAUUGGUAGGCGGCUACUUCGAACGCAGUCCCGGGCUCGCCAGUUACUCAUCGGAUUGGAUCGAAGCGAUGUGGCAAGCGUCAAGUGACUUGAGCUCUUGGAUCGACAAGAUCACCCUGAUAAUGACCAACGAAGUGCGCGAGCACGGGAUCGUCAGAGACCCGAACGGUAUGGAUUACGAAGGAAGUGCCUCCAAGCUCGCCGAUUAUGUCCACGUGCAGUGGUACUGGGUGAUAUAUCCCGGCGUCUUCUUCCUCAUUAGCCUGUAUUACCUUCUCAGCACCAUCAUCGCAAGCGCCCGGGACGGUGUUAUAGCGUGGAAGCGAGAUUCGCUACCCAUGCUUUUCAGCCACGUAGAUUCUCGAAUACUCGCCCUAGGCCCCGAGAAAAUGAACUUACCCAAAGGCCUCGACGAUCUGGGCAACAUCCAAGUCGCGCUCACGAGAAACGGGCAAGGGUAUUGGACGUUCGAGCCUCAACCGACGCAGCGGAAUCAAGGCACGGGCUGGGAGGACGAUUUUACUGCCCUGCUGGGACUUUUCUGA